UAUACAUCCGGAGACUGGACAUGCGUGUUUAGCCUCUUCUCGUUCGCUGAGGCGAUUUGGCGGGCGACGAGCAGGCUGGAGCUGCAGGGCCGUGGACCGCGGGGGCCACACGAUGAUAGCGGCGGGACCAUGAAGCCUGCUGCUGGGACUGACACUACCAACAUGGACCUGGCCUCUCCGAUCCACGAUGAGAAAAAGCCAGGGUGUCGGUUUGAGAAGUCAAACCGCAUGGACAACUCUCUGGUUCUCCUGACGCAGAAGUUUGCCCAGAUGAUAACUCACUCUUUUGACGGUGUGUUGGACCUCAACCUGGUCUCGUCGGAGCUCAACGUACGCAAGAGACGUCUGUACGACAUCACCAACGUGCUGGAAGGGAUCCAGCUCAUCAGGAAGACGCACAAAAACCAUUUCCAGUGGUUGGGCGGCUCUCUGGACAACCGGGUCGCCGGAGAGUUGAAGGAUCUCAUCGCGGAGGAGGAGAAGCUGGACGAGCUGAUCCAAAGCAGUGUCCUGGAGAUCAGCCGGCUGUGGGAGGAGAAGCUCAACCAGAGAUAUGCCUAUGUGACGUACGAGGAUGUAAGAGGUGUUCUGAGUUUGGAUGAACAGGCGGUGAUGGUGAUCAAAGCCCCCCCCGGGACCAAACUGCAGGUGCCACACCCAGAGGAGAGCCUCCAGAUGCACCUGAGCAGCGUCAGCGGACCCAUCGAGGUGUUCCUGUGCGCCGACACCCCGCUUCCCAUGGAAUCCACCGACGCGGCGGCUGCAGGCGGCGCCGGUUCCGGACAGUCGGCGUUAACCGCCCGCGGGAAAGACGCCUUCACUCCUUUACCUCCGCUCUUCUCCACGCAGAGGUCUUCUAAAGAGGAUGCUCACGGCAGCUGUGAGACGAGGGGCGUCUCAAACCCAGAGUCUGAGGUGACGCCACACUCGACACCCUUAACGUUCAUCUUUUUGACAAAGUCGUGCAAAAUCUGAGCAUAGCUGCGUCAUUUGACCUCCGGUCUCCUACUUUUGAUGGAGAAAUCAACCUCAUCAGCCUGACCAAAGAUGAAGACGUCACAAAAAUCUGCUCUGCCGGAUGUGGAGGUGCUGCUUUGCCCGAACA